AUGGCUAACUUCAAGCUGCCUUGCAUGCUGGUGAUUUUCUUGGUUUUGGGUGUUGGUUUAGGCCAGAAUGUGGAUCCAUUUGGGCCGAAUGUAGGAAGGAGAAGGGAGAUGGUGCCUGCUAUGUUUAUAUUUGGAGACUCACUCAUUGACAAUGGGAACAACAAUAACCUUCCUUCUUUGGCCAAGGCCAACUAUUUCCCUUAUGGUAUUGACUUCAAUGGUGGUCCUACUGGUCGUUUCUCCAAUGGUUACACCAUGGUUGAUGAAAUUGCUGAACAACUGGGACUUCCUCUGAUUCCUCCUUUCUCUGAGGCAUCAGGAGAUCAAGUGCUUAAUGGAGUCAACUAUGCCUCUGCAGCUGCCGGAAUCCUUGAUAUCACAGGCAGAAAUUUUGUCGGUCGCAUACCAUUCGAUGAACAGAUAAAGAACUUUCAGAAUACACUUGAUCAGAUUUCAAAUACUGUUGGUGCAGAUAAUUUAGCUAGGCAAGUUGGACAAAGCAUAUUUUUUGUUGGGAUGGGCAGCAAUGACUACCUUAAUAACUAUCUCAUGCCUAACUAUCAAACCCGGAAUCAGUAUAAUGGCAGACAAUUUGCGGAUCUCUUGACUCGAGAAUAUAGCCGGCAACUCACUACACUUUACAAUCUUGGAGCACGUAAAUUCGUCAUUGCCGGGUUAGGAAUAAUGGGGUGUAUUCCUAGCAUCUUGGCCCAGAACCCUGCAGGACUCUGCUCUGAUUCGGUGAACCAGCUAGUUCAACCUUUCAAUGAAAACGUGAAGGCUAUGCUCAACAACUUCAAUUCCAAUAAGUUGCCAGGUGCAAAAUUCACUUUUAUUGAUGUUGCUCGUAUGUUCCGAGAAAUCCUCACCAACUCCCCAGCAUAUGGAUUUAGCGUUGUAAACCGUGGAUGCUGCGGCAUUGGGCGAAAUAGAGGCCAAAUUACCUGUCUUCCAUUCCAAACACCUUGUCCUGACAGAGAACAGUAUGUAUUUUGGGAUGCAUUCCAUCCAACAGAAGCUGUGAAUGUUUUGAUGGGGAGAAAAGCCUUCAAUGGGGACUUGAGCAUGGUCUAUCCAAUGAACAUAGAGCAGCUUGCCAAUCUUGAUAUUGAGUCCGAUUAA